AUGAGAGAUUCCAUUAAAGUUGUUGUAAAGUGGAAUUCAUCAAUAUUCAAUGAUAUUGAACUUUCAUUAGUUGAUUCUGUUGAAGUAUUUAAGCACCAGUUAUGGACUUUGACUGGUGUUCCUCCUGAACGACAAAAAUUAAUGUCACCAUGUGGCCUGCUGAAAGACAAUUCCAAUCUUUCAAAGUUAGGAUUGAAAGAUGGAGCCAAGAUAAUGUUAGUGGGAACAUCUGAAGGCAAUGAGUUGCGUGCUCCAACUAAUCAAACUGUUUUCUUUGAAGAUCUUACAGUAGAAGAGAGAGCCAAAAUUUUACAUCAGGAACAAAUAAUGCCAUUACCUGUAGGGUUAGCAAAUCUUGGAAACACUUGUUAUUUGAAUUCCAUAAUUCAUAUGUUGAGAAGUGUUCCAAACUUUUUGGAACAAUUAAAAAAUAGCAACUUUCUACAGUAUUCAAGUACAGAUACCCAAAGAUUUCUUGAUACACUAAGGUCUCUAAUGAUUGAAAUGGAUGGAAGUUCAGAGAGUGUUAUACCAACUCAUUUUAUAGACUUGUUUCGUAGACAGUUUCCUCAAUUUAGCACACGAUCAGGACCCUUGGGAGUUUACCAGCAACAGGAUGCUGAGGAAGUUUUGGGAUGUUUAAUUACUCUAUUAAACAACGAACUUACGAGUAAAGAUUCUAAUGGACUGACUUUUAAGGAUUUAUUUAGGUUUAGUAUUGUGAGUAGGUUAAAGAAUGUUGAAGUAGAGUCUGAAGGAGAAAUAAAAAAUGAAGAUCAUUAUAAACUUGUGUGUCACAUGGGAACUCAGCUAAGUCCUGUUGAUCAUUUGGCCCAGGGUAUUCGAGUAUCCAUGGAUGAAACAAUUGAAAAGUUCUCGGCUUCACUUGGAUCUAAUUCUAUUUAUCACAAAUUAUCGGAGAUUAAUUCACUUCCUCACUAUUUAAUUGUUCACCUAGUUCGUUUUGAGUGGAAGAAAUCCAGUGAAAUUGCUAGGACAGAAGCAACUAGAGCUAAAGUUUGUCGUAAAAUUCAAUUUUCUCAAAUUCUAGAUCUUUUUGAAUUCUGUAGUCCUGAACUUAAACAAUCCCUUAAAGUAAGUCGUGAUAUAUUCGAUAGUAGGGGAGAAACAUUACAGAGGGAAAUAGCUGAAUCCAAUACUAAUGUAAAUAUUGCUGAAUAUCCAACUGGUUUUUAUGAAUUAGAAUGCACUGUAACUCAUCAAGGGCGUACAGCAGAUAGUGGACACUAUGUUGCUUGGAGACAUUGUUAUGAUGAUCCAGAAUAUCUAAUAAAAUUUGAUGAUGACAAAGUGACCAAAGUAAGAGUAAAAGAUACAGAUCUUUCAGGUGGAAGAUCUGACUACCAUAUUGCAGUACUACUACUAUACAAAAGGAAGACAAUAAAGGUUUCAAAAGAGGAGAUUAACUCUUCGAAUUAG